UGGAGCCACAAACCGAGUGCUUAAAUGGAUGCAACAUCAAUAAUAACGCAAGUUUCCCGCGACGACGAGCAACUGAACGUCUAUCCCAGCUAUCCCAAUGACAAAGACGAUGUGGAUCGUUUAAAGCCACAGAAGCGAGGAUUAUUCCAUUCUCUGCUCUGCUGCUGGCGAAGAAACCGAACGAAAACCAACCAGAAUGGCACACAAAUCGAUGGUUCGACAACACCGCCACCAUUACCGGACCAACAAAGGUACCUACUACCUCAGGUUAGGCUUACCGAUAUGCACAGAAAGUGCAUGGUGAUCGAUUUGGAUGAGACCCUAGUGCACAGUAGUUUUAAGCCCAUACCGAAUGCUGAUUUCAUAGUUCCCGUGGAGAUCGAUGGUACCGUACAUCAGGUAUACGUCCUGAAGCGACCGCACGUGGACGAGUUUCUGCAGAAGAUGGGCGAACUAUACGAGUGCGUUCUGUUCACAGCAUCACUAGCCAAAUAUGCAGAUCCCGUCGCCGAUCUGUUAGACAAGUGGAAUGUGUUUCGUGCAAGACUGUUUAGGGAAUCAUGCGUUUAUUACAGGGGUAAUUACAUUAAGGAUCUGAAUCGUCUGGGGCGGGAUCUUCAGAAGAUUGUCAUUGUCGACAAUUCACCGGCCAGUUAUAUCUUUCAUCCAGACAAUGCAGUUCCUGUUAAAUCCUGGUUCGACGAUGUCACCGAUUGCGAACUGCGCGAACUGAUCCCGCUCUUUGAGAAGCUUAGCAAAGUUGAUUCCGUCUACUCGGUGCUCUGCAAUUCGAACCAGCCGCUGAACAAUCAGACCAACCAGCAGCAGCAUCCCCAGGAGCUGCAGCAGGCGCCGAACCAGCUGCAUCAGCAGCACCAACAGCAGCAGCAGCAACAGCAACAGACCAUCUCUGCCACGACAGUUAUUACCCAGGCAACCACUCUGUCUGCUCCGACCAUGUUGAACCAGCAGCAGACAAGUCCGCCCAGCCCGCAAAGCGAGUUGCUGCAAAAGACGUAACAUCAGUGGGAACUAAUGUUUAUAAAUAUAUGAUAAAUUGUAUACAUAUUACAAGACCAAGCAAGCCGAUAAGCAAGCAAACAAAACAUCCCUUUCCCAAGCAGUGUACUCAGUACCCCAGGACGAAUGGAAAUGGGGCGACGAGAUGAAAACAACUACCAAUUGCUAUCAACUAUAAUCCCCAGCUCGACACCUAGGCCUAAGAAUAAGUUUUAUAUGAUAUACAUAAUUUUUACAGAACCCAA